UUGUAGAUAGGCUGCAGCAUCUCUACACAAGUCGGUUAAAAUAUAAAAAAGACUGAAAGAUGAUCUAGGAAUUCAUUAAUUAGAUAACUCAUAAAAUAUAACGAUUCGAUAUGGCAAAUAAUAUCCAGUUAUCAAAAGACUAUUUAUCUAGAUGUAGUGAAAAAACUUUGCAAUCAAAUGAGAACGGUUUCUUCCUACAAUUCGCUGACAAAGUGGAAGAGGUUGCAGGUAAUAAUUGGAUCAAUGAUGUUUUCGGAAAAUUGAAAAGCGACAAAGACAGAUUAAGAAUUUUAUACAAAUUCGAACCGGUGCGGGAAGUAUUAUGUGAGACGCUGUCACGUGUUCAAGAAAUAUAUCGUCAAAAAGACGCGUCAGUGUCGCGAUCUAGAAGAGUAGCAGCUGAAAAGUUAGAAAAAGAUGGCGAAUUACAAAAGGCUUUGUUACUGUAUUGUCAAAGUGUCCUUAGAGCACCUGGAACAGGGGAAGAACCCAGAAUAGACGAUGGUUUUACGUUAUCAUUAGCCUAUUGGAGCAGAUCCAAGCUUCUGAUGAAGCUAAAACAUUAUUCCGAAGCAAUAACAGAUAUCCAAUUGGCGAUGAAGGAAGAGCUUACAGACGAUCAUCAUGCAGAAGUCUACAAAAAUAUGGCACUUUGUUAUAAAAGCCUACGAGAUGUACCUCGAGCCAAAAUUUCAAUCGCGAUCGCAGAAAAAAUGUUAAGGGGGGACGCCAACAAAAUAGCAACAUUUAGAGAAGAAUUUGAAAAGCAGCCAGUCGCUGAAGUAACAAAAAAUCAAAAACAUCUUCCCGUGAUACCUGAAGGACAAAAGAACGAUCUUCCGAACGCUUCAAGCAAAAUAACAGUUGACCAAGAAAGCAGUAAAGGGAGAUAUAUGAUAGCGAAGGAAGACAUACGAACAGGAGACACAUUGGUGGUACAAGCUCCAUACGCAUCUUGCUUGUUACCAGAUUUCUUUGGAAGCCAUUGUCAUCAUUGUUUUGAAAAGUUAUUAUCGCCUGUAGGAUGUAAAGACUGCUCGAGUGUGGCAUUCUGCAAACCAGAAUGUAGAGACGCCGCCCUAAAUACGUACCACAAAUACGAAUGCCGUUUUUUGGACCUGAUAAUUGGAUCCGGUAUGAGCAUCCUUUCCCACACAGCACUCAGAAUGGUAACUCAGUUUGGACUGGACAAAUGUUUGAAAAUAUACCAGAACAGGGACAAAGAGGAGGUGUAUCAAUUGUGCACGAAUUGGGAAAAAAGAUCUACCAGCGAUUUUUUACAGAGAGCUGUAAUGAGCGCAUUUUUACUAAGGAUUUUGCAAAAAAGUGGAUUCUUCAAGGAUGGCUGCGCCAAUGAAGAAGUUAUGCCAGAAGAAGAAGAAUACCAGAUUGGGGAACUUCUUCUGUACCAUUUGCAGAUGUUACAAUUUAAUGCCCAUGAAAUAUACGAAACAAGACAGACGCCUGAUUGUCAAUUAAAAGAUGUAAAGGUGGUUUAUAUAGGGGUUGCAAUUUAUCCCACGGUUGCCCUAUUUAAUCACGACUGCUACCCUUCUGUACUAAGGUAUUUUGUUGGAAAACACAUUGUUAUAAAAGCUUCCCGUCCGAUCAACCCGAAGGAAGUGGUUUCAGAAAACUAUGGUCCCAUUUUUACCUGGAAAAAUUUAGAGGAAAGGCAAAAAUCUUUAGCCGGUCGAUACUGGUUUCAAUGUCAAUGUUUAGCAUGCACUCAAAAUUGGCCAAGUAUCAAAAAUGGUUUAAGAAAUGUCACCAAGAAAAUAACAUGUCCAUCAGAAACUUGCCAUUUAGUUUUUACCCUGCCACUUAAAAAUGAAACGGUAAACUGUUCAAAUUGUAAAAAAAAGGUUAAUUUGUCGAAGAGGGUGGCAGAAUAUCAAGUUUGCGAAGAACUUUAUGACCAGGGAAAAGCAUGCUACCUAAACAAGGAAAUCGAUAAAGGAAUCGAUAUUAUAUGCAAGGCCAUCGAUUUAUAUCACAGGAUUUCCGUACCACCACACUGUGAAACACAUUUAGCCCAAGAAACGUUAAGGGCUUUGUAUGCCCAAUCUGGAAGUGUUUUCGAAGUCGGUCAGUUAAAGCCGAAUUAGUCCUGAUGCUGAUUUAUUAAUUUUAAAAAAAUUCAAUUGUUUUUUUUUACAAUAAAACGCUGUUUUUGUGUUUCUAUCAAACCAACAGUUAAAUAAAAAAGUUGUUUUCAAUAA